AUGAAACAAACCAUGAAGAGGCAGAGUAUUCGCAAAACCAACAGAUCACAAGAGUUGGCAGAGUGCCUGAAACCAAAUCCUGUGUACUAUCCAAACCCAAUAACAUUCCAAAAAGCAAACCAGUUCAAUAAUGCCUCGCGUAAAAGGCCAUUAGAACUGUUGGAAGAUUUCAUUUCGCUAGACAAUGAUGAUGAUGAUGAUAAUCAAGGGUCGCACGGGAACGGGAAGGAAAGCGGGACCUCCACUGGUUGUGAUUCGUAUGUUCACUGGUUUCGCUCUGAUUUACGUGUUAACGACAAUAGAGGUCUUGCAUACGCUUACAGGAAGGCCCGGGCCGAAGAUCGGCCAAUACAUGGCCUUUACGUGAUAAAUGAACACGAUUGGGUGGCCCACAUGGAGAGUGGAUGGAAGUUGACGUUUAUCGUGGAGGCUCUCAAGGAAUUGGGGUCAAGUCUAUCGAAAUACGGAAUUGAGCUUCACGUCAGGCAAUUCGAACCGGACACGCCUCUAUUGUCGAACUCAAAGGCGUUUAGUGAGUGGUUUGUGCAUACUGUGGAAGAAAUCACAGGAACAGGCAACAGUACCCUUGUCACUGCCAAUUUGCAGUAUGAAGUGGACGAAUUGUACCGGGAUGGACGCAUUGCCAGGCUCGGUAAUACCCGUAAUAACUUCAAAUUAAGGUUGUUUCACGACCAAUGUAUUGUGAGGCCUGGUGCCUUGACCACAGGGAAAGGCUCCCAAUAUACCGUCUUCACCCCAUGGUACAAGAAAUGGGUAUCCUAUAUUGAACAUGAUAUAGAUGGGACCUUAAAGACCCCCCAUGGAUUGAAUCAUCCUACAGAUACCAAGGACUUCCAACAACUACCAAUUGACUACCAUUUACCGGAAAGAUUCACCUCCUACAUCCCAGAACAACAUUUGCACACCCCUCCGGCCACCGAAGCUGCAGCCUUGGAGGCCAUGAAAAAUUUCAUCGAGGGUAGGGGCACCAAGUACAACGAGAAUAAAGAUCUACUAGCCACCGACGGAACCUCGUUGCUCAGUGGCUACAUCACAAUCGGCAUCAUAAGCACAAGAACAAUUGUGCUCAGUGCCUAUCUGGCCAACAACCGCCACAUCAUGAAUAAAAACAAAGACGUCAAGAACAACAAUUCACUAGAGACAUUCAUCAAGGAAAUAGCAUGGAGAGACUUCUACAAACAUGUGCUAUGCCAUUGGCCGUUUUUAUCAAUGGACCUACCGUUCAAGUUCGAAACUUUGAACAUCAAGUGGCAGCAAGACACCACCCAUUUCGAGCAAUGGUGUUACGGAGAGACAGGCGUCCCCAUAGUAGACGCAAUCAUGCUACAAUUACUACACACCGGAUACAUAAAUAACAGAGCUCGCAUGAUCACCGCAUCAUUUUUGGCCAAAAAUCUCUUGGUAGACUGGCGUUACGGAGAACGCUGGUUCCGCAAGCACUUGAUAGAUUACGAUGUAGCGUCCAAUAUUGGCGGAUGGGGUUUCUGCUCCAGUACAGGUGUCGAUUGUCAGCCUUACUUUCGUGUUUUCAACAUGACCUUGCAAAGUCAAAAGUUCGAUCCAGAUGGAAAGUUUAUCCGACGUUGGUUACACCUUCCACACACUACAGACGUCCACCAGCCAUCGAAUACAGCAAUUGUAGACUUAAAGGAAUCAAGAGAAAGGGCCCUAGAGAAAUACAGAGAAGUAAUGUAA